GACUCCUCUUUUAAAAUAGAACAAGAAGAGCAAGCUAAAGAACCUGAAGAAGGGGAAUCAAAGCCCAGACCCAAGUUGUUCAUGCCCAAUCUGGUGCCUCCAAAGAUCCCUGAUGGAGAGAGAGUAGACUUUGAUGAUAUUCACCGGAAGCGAAUGGAAAAAGAUCUGAAUGAACUACAAGCCCUAAUUGAGGCCCAUUUUGAGAAUCGAAAGAAGGAAGAAGAAGAGCUGAUAUUCCUCAAGGACAGAAUUGAGCAGCGGCGAGCUGAACGAGCUGAACAACAACGGAUCCGUAGUGAGCGAGAGAAGGAACGCCAGGCCCGUUUGGCUGAAGAGAGAGCUCGAAAAGAGGAAGAGGAAGCCAGGAAGCGGGCUGAAGAGGAUGCCAGGAAGAAAAAGGCUUUCUCCAACAUGCUUCAUUUUGGAGGCUAUCUUCAGAAGACAGAGAAGAAAAGUGGGAAAAAACAAACAGAACGGGAAAAGAAGAAAAAGAUCCUCAGUGAGCGCCGUAAACCCCUUAAUAUUGAUCAUUUGAAUGAAGACAAAUUGAGGGAAAGGGCCCAGGAACUGUGGCAGAGCAUUCAUGAUCUAGAGGCUGAGAAAUUUGAUUUACAGGAAAAGUUCAAAAGACAGAAAUAUGAGAUUAAUGUUCUACGGAACCGCAUUAGUGAUCAUCAAAAGGUGAAAGGCUCCAAGGCUGCCCGUGGAAAACCUGUGGUUGGUGGCCGAUGGAAGUGAAAUGUGGUUCCUGUCUAGACUCUGGAGACAGCAAACCAGUAUGUUUGAUCCACUAUCCUAGUCUGUGUGGCCCAGAUAAAUGCACCAACUUUUCUAGAUUAUCCAGAACAAGCUGCUUUCUAAAGGCCUCACUCUGUAGAAUGACUGUAAGUGCACAGCACCAGCACUGCACAGUGGAAAUUGCUGCAGCAGGAUUACCCUGUCACUCAAGUUAAUAAAUCUGUGUCUGUAAAUAAAGCAACU